AUGGAUCAGAUGUGGAACAGAGACCUGCAAACUUUCAUCUGCCCUUUUGGUGGAACAGCUACGGUUAUGGAAAGUCUGCAUCUCUUACGGUCACUGCGUUUCUUAUUUUGUGGAUCUUUUCCGGUCUUGAGUGUAUGGUUGAGUGUUCCUACAUUCAAAAAGCUGAUCGAAAAUGAGGUACUUUCUGAGUUUGCUGCAAUAUCCAAAGAAGCAUAUCUUGUUCUUGAGACUUUGACUAAAAGACUUCCGAAUUUUUAUUCCUCAAGCCAUGCUGAGGAGUUUGGCUUUGAAGAGGAAAUUUGGUGUUGGAGCCGUGUUGGUCCUCUUGUCGAUUUAGCCCUUGACUGGACAUUGGUGAAAGAUAUUUCACCCAUAUCAAGCUUUUUAGACAACCUAAACGGAGAAAAUGUGUAUAGUGCAUCACAGGUUUCAUCGUUGAAUUCGUUAUUGUGGGUGAUUUCUUCAGUUAUCCACACUAUUUCAGGUGUACUGGAAGCAGUCCUUCCUGUUGAUAAUAAAGACUGUAGCAGUAGUGGGUGUUUGCCAUGGCUGCCUGACUUUGUCCCUAAGAUUGGAUUAAAGCUCAUCAAGAAUGGACUUUUCGUUCAAUCUGUGGAAACAGGUGACGGAGGGGAUUCUUUCCUACAUUUUUUAUGUCAUCUCAGGAAUAAAUUUGGACUUGAAACAACAUUGGCUUCUGCUUCUUGUCUUCAAGGUUUGGUCCAAGUUGCUGUUUCCGUGGAUAAGUUAAUCAAGUUAGCUAAGCAUGAGAAGCUCAACACUAUGUCAUCGCACUACGCCAUUAUUUCAAAUGACGAGCAAAUUCUCACUGUUGGGUUAUCCGAGUCUUCUCUGAAAGAUCUAAGAGCUUUGUUUGCUUCAAUCAAGCCUAAUAAUGUGCAGCUGAUUGAGACUUUUGGUAGAGGUGGGCCUGCUCCGGGGGUUGGUGUAGGUUGGGGAGCCUCGGGUGGAGGUUUUUGGUCUAAAACCAUUUUAAUGGCUCAGGUGGAUGCGAGAUUGAUCACUAGCUUGGUUGAGGUUUUUCAGAAUUCCUCUGGAGAAGAGUUGUCAACCAUUGAACAUUUGCAGCACUUCAUGCAAAUGAUGAAUUCUACUCUUGGAGUUUGUUUGGCUGCAGGACCUAGGGAUGGACUGGUAGUCGAUAAACUGUUUGAUCUUCUCCUCCAUAUUCCUGUCCUGAAGUGCCUUGAUGUUGUCAUGCACCAGUUUCUUUGUGUUACUGAGGGUAUAAAACCGUUUGAUUGGAAGUAUGAAGAAGAGGAUUAUCAGCUUUUUUCGGCUGUUUUAGCCUCGCACUUUAAAGACAGAUGGCUUUCUGUGAAAACAAAGCCUAAAGGAACGGAAGAAAGUCAUCACGCUAAGAUAGAUGCGCUUAAGAAAGGAAAUAAUGUCCUUCUCGACACAAUUCAUGAGGAAUCGGAUAGUUCUCUGUGUGCAGUUUCUCUCACGCAGCAAUGGGCUUAUCAGAGGUUGCCGCUUCCGAUGCAGUGGUUUCUCAGUCCCAUUUCCAUUAUGCACAACAAGAAAGAUUCUAGGAAAGUCGAUUUUCAGCAGGAGCAGGUGGAUUUAGUUGAAGUUGCAAAGGCUGGACUUUUCUUUCUUUUAGGUCUGGAAUCGACGUCUGCCUUCCUUAAUGCGGAAUCCUGCUCGUUUAUUCGGGCUGUACCCGUUAUUUGGAAGUUGCACGCUUUGUCUGUGAUAUUAAUUGAUGGAAUGGCUAUUCUUGAGGAUCAGAAGAGUAAGGAUGUCUUCCGAACGCUGCAAAAUAUUUAUGGUCAAUUUUUCGAUAACUUACCUAUAGCGGAUACGAGAGGAACUGUAAAAGCCAGUGGACUUUUGCUAUUUCAUUCAGAGGUGAAUGAGAACUACUCUACAUUUGUUGAGAUGCUAGUUGAGCAAUUUGCUGCUGAAUCGUAUGGCGACCUGGUAUUUGGUUGUCAAGUCUCUGUCUAUUUGCGCCGGCAUGUUGAAGCUUCUGUUAAGCUUGCAACCUGGAAUGCGCUGCUCAAUGUUCGUGCUCUUGAACUAUUGCCACCUGUCGACAGCUGUUUUGGUGAAGCUGAUGGGUAUCUUGAACCCGUUGAGGAUGAUGAGAAGCUUCUGGAAGCUUAUGUAAAGUCAUGGGUUUCUGGGGGGCUUGACAGAGCAGCAAGUAGAAGAUCAGUUUCAUACACAUUGGCCUUGCAUCACCUUUCAUCUUUCAUCUUUGCUGAUAGCACUGCCGAUAAGCUAUUGCUCCGUAAUCAGCUAGCGAAAUCUCUCUUGCGUGACUAUACACGUAAUGUGCAGCAGCGUCAGGGCAUGAUGAUGAAUUUGGUUCAAUACAAGAAGAAGCCCGGUGAGGAAGGCUUUGAGGUUGGAAAUAGAUUACAAGUACUAAAAGAUGCAUGUGGAGGGGACUCCUCAUUGCUGAAGGAAGUGGAAAAGCUGAAAUUGUUGUUACUCAGUGAAGCAGAACUAACUGCCUGCAGGCGAUAUCUUGGCAGUUGUAUUGGUAAACUGAGUUGGUCUUACAUAGACGUGAAUGUUGCUCUCGUUGGAAGAAGAAAAUCAUGUGAAGGAGUUGGUGGUGUUGAUAGAAUCUCGUUGGACGGGGGACGUUUCAUAUGGGUGCAUGAAUUUGUUUUCAUGAAAUAA